AUGGUGGAGGUUGAGGUCGAGGUGGUGGUUGUGGAGGUUGAGGUGGAGGUGGUGGUGUGGUGGUGGUGGUGGAGUGUGGGUGAAGUUGGAGGUGGUGGUGUUCGUCGUUCGUCAUUCAUCGUUUCUUCGCACGCUUCAAGGAAGAAUAUCACAAGCUCGAGAGCAGAGAGCACCUGCACCUGCACAGCAAUCGCCACUGCACUAUUUCUACUGCUGUCUUGCGCUUCUCUCUGCGAUUUCGACCGCCGCGUCGACCAUGAGCUACCCGCCACCGGGCACCGCGUACCCGCCGCCGGGCCAGGAGGCCUACCCACCUCCUCCAGGGUACGGCGCUCCGCCGCCUGUCGCCGCCGACUACCAGUACCAGCAGCAGCAGGCCCCGCCGCCGGAACCGGAGGACAGCGGCGACGGCUUCUGGAAAGGAUGUUGUGCUGCUAUUUGCUGCUGUUGUCUGCUCGACAUGUGCUUCUGAUCACAAGUUCGUGCUGCAACACCACGCAAUCCGACGAUGAUCAACAUCUACUCUACUCAGAGCUGCUCAUAUAUAGAAGUAUUUUCUUUCUAUCGUACUAGUAUUUGUGCUGUUCGGAUCGAGAUUUGCAUGGACGGUGUAAAUCGCUACAUCGAAUUUAUACUUGUAGUUAAUUUUGCAUCUGGGUUUUGGCCUAAAAUUAUGUAUCAUGAUAUAUUGAUAUUGUUAAUUGACACAGCCCUAGUCUCUUCAGUUCGUUGGCUGUUCAAAU